CUUGAACUUGGUGAGGCGGGGAUAAGCCCGGGCAGCCUGGCUCCACGCCGGCACCUGGUCUCCGAGGGCACAGCCGCGGCGCUCCUGUCCGCCAGGCGACUGCGAGUGCUCAACCGGGCGCGGCCUGAUUCCGGCGCGUACUCUGAGAUCGCUCCUUGGGUAGGUGGGAAUAGCUCCUACUGAGGGCGUGCGUUGGCUGGAGGUUGUUGGGGACCUGGACAAAAGUGACUGCCACUGAAAUACAGGUCAACCCAUCAGAGAGGAAGAAUCCAUCUUACUACACCAUGGCAGGUAAGAAAGUGCUCAUUGUCUACGCACACCAAGAACCCAAGUCUUUCAAUGGAACCUUGAAGAACGUGGCGGUGGAGGAGCUGAGCAAGCAGGGCUGCACAGUCACUGUGUCUGAUUUAUAUGCAAUGGACUUUGAGCCAAGGGCCACAAGGAAAGACAUCUCUGGUGCUCUCUCUAAUCCCAGGCUCUUCAAUUAUGGGAUGGAAGCCUGUGAAGCCUACAAGAAGAGGUCUCUGGCCAGCGAUAUCACUGAGGAGCAGAAAAAGGUUCAGGAAGCUGAUCUAGUGAUAUUUCAGUUCCCGCUGUACUGGUUCAGUGUCCCGGCAGUGCUGAAAGGCUGGAUGGACAGGGUGCUCUGCCAAGGCUUCGCCUUCGACAUCCCCGGGUUCUAUGAUUCUGGUUUUCUCAAGGGUAAAUUAGCCCUCCUCUCAUUAACCACAGGAGGCACGGCUGAGAUGUACUCGAAGACAGGAGUCAGUGGGGAUUUUCGAUACUUCCUGUGGCCACUCCAGCAUGGUACUCUGCACUUCUGUGGAUUUGAAGUCCUUGCUGCUCAGAUCAGUUUUGCUCCUGAAAUUGCAUCAGAAGAAGAAAGAAAAGGGAUGGUGGCUGCGUGGGCCCAGAGGCUGAAGAACAUCUGGAAGGAAGAGCCCAUCUCUUGCACGCCUCCCUGGUACUUCGGGCAGUAACUGUGUACUGAGUGCACAUCCUGUGAGCAACACGCUAAGGGACCGAAGCAUGUGCAAGGAGAAAAGGAUGUCAUGAAAUAAAUUACAAUAAAGCAAACUGGGAACAUUUAAUGAAGA